AUGAUUCUCGAAACUCUUUCCAAAUGGAUAUAUGAAAAGGUAUCCAAUUACAAUCUGUUCAUGCUCGAAGAAAAUGAUUAUGAUGAAGAUGAUGGUCUCAAUGAUCCAGCUAUUGUUCUUAAGCAUCAAAAGUACAAAACUCGGUUGUACAUUGUACUUUUCAUAGUGAAAAUUGAAUCGAAAACCGUUGUUGUUUAUAAUAUAACACUGGAUAUUUUUGACGGUCUAUCUUUUAAAUACGGUCAAAAUCUAUUAUGUCCAUGCACAACAACCACAAUACCAUUAGAAAAUUUUGUUUCUAACGAUAUUUCAAUACAUCCUGUGUGUCAAAGUUAUUUCAUUGAUAGCGAAUGGAUUGAUGGAUUGUAUUUUAAAAACGCAAGUUCUUUUGUCAAUUGGGAUUUUCGAAAGACAGCCUAUUCACAGUUCAAAAUUUUAUCACAGUUCUGUUCGCUUGCGAAAGAAACUAUUAUUCAAAUUCAACAAAAUGUGAACAAAACUCAAUUUAUUACCAUUGAACUUCUUUCUAAAUUACAAGUUGAACUAGAAGUAGAUGCUCACGUUCAAUUUCACAAGAACAUUGCACUUGGUCAAAUGAUUUCAUUCUUGAAUUAUUUGAAAACAACAAUCACUGGAAAUAAUUUUGUUUCAGCUCUUGGUACCAAUCAUAUCUUCAGCGUAGAAAGUGGCAUGACAAAUACUCAUCGUGCAUUUUCACAAGCACUAACUCUUGCGAUUUCCGAGCUAAGUGUAGUAGAUCCGUGUGGUGUAUAUGGUUUCACAAUGGCAACUGCUUUCACUUCAUUAUCAAUUGAUGAAAUAUAUAUAAGCGUUGGCCCGAUGAUAGCUAUACGAGACAUUCCCAACAGUACUUCAAUCGUUGACGGCUUCUUUACAUCAUGUACUCCUUUCGAAUCAAUCUUGGAAAGUACAUUAGAUUGCUUAUACCAAACUGAAUGUCUUAUAUGGUUGUCUAGUUACUUUCCAAAAUUGAAACAAGUUCGUAUAUUAUAG